GUGUUCAUGCUGUUGAAGUAUUGUGAUGAUAAUAUUAACUGCUCAUUUCACAAAAGUAUUCAGUCUUAACUUAUCGAUGCACCGUGUGGCCUCGUUAACACUUGUUUCUUUCAGGUAACCAAACAGCAGGCGAUUCAGCGCCGUCAGACAUGCUGACAGAGAAAGAGGAUGAUGAUGAUGCAUCUGUUGAAGAGUCCCUGUCUAAUUUCACUGGAGGUGGCAGCGACACAGACGCCUGUUUCCGCAGCGGGGACACGCUGCUCGUGCACGCCAAGACUUCUUCAGAGUGGUGGUGGGCAGAGCUGCAGAGGGUCGCAGGGUAUGUCCCCGCCUGCUACCUGCGCCAGCUGCCUGCUGCUGAGGAAGAGGAGGAGGAGGACACCUCUCUGGAGGACCCAUGGCAAGAUGAGGAAUACUUUGGCAGUUAUGGGACCCUGAGGCUUCACUUGGAGAUGCUGUCAGAUAGGAGGCGCACUGAGGUGUACAGGCAGGUUAUUCUCAGCAACAGCGCUCCUCUGAGGAAUAAGGUGGUGAUGGACCUCGGCUGUGGGACUGGCAUCAUCAGCCUGUUCUGCGCUCAGCUGGCACGCCCCUCACAGGUGUUUGCUGUGGAGGCGAGCUCCAUGGCCGAGUACACCAGACAGCUGGUGAAGCAGAACGGCUGUGAGGAGGUGGUGACGGUGCUCCAGGGACGAGCUGAGGACAUCCAUCUACCAGAGCGGGUGGACAUCCUGGUGUCUGAGUGGAUGGGAAACUGCCUACUGUUUGAGUUCAUGGUGGAGUCAGUUCUGCUGGCCAGGGACUGCUGGCUUAAAGAAGGCGGCGUAAUGUGGCCCUCAUCCGCAGCCCUCACCCUGGUGCCAUGUCAGGCCAACAGGUUUUACGCAGAGAAGAUGGCCUUCUGGGAGCAGCCCUAUGGACUGGACUUUACUCCUCUUCAGCCCUUGGCACAGCAGGAGUUUUUCACCAAGCCAAAGUUCAGUCACCUCAUUGACCCCAGCGACUGCCUCACGGCUCCCUGUGAUGUCCUGCGCCUGGACAUGUACACUCUGCAGAUCAGAGACCUGGAGGAAAUAAAGGGGCAGUUUCAUUUGGUGGAAAUGUCUGGUGUGUAUCAUGGAUUCACUGUCCAGUUCGAAAGCCUGGAGACAGGAGUAGCAACAGUGCAGUUAAACACCGGACCUCACUCUGAGCCAACGCACUGGAAGCAGACUCUGUUCAUGCUGGACCGGCCGGUCAGAGUUUUGGAGGGAGACUCAAUCGCUGGAACCAUCGUCCUGCGCAGGAACCCCGUCUAGAGACGCCACAUGAUCAUCAACCUGCACUGGAGUAUUAACAGCAGCACGGGGGGAACGGAAAAGGGCCAGGCAAACAUUUAUUCUUCACUUUGAAAUCUCUUUAUUCAUAAACAUGUUGAUACAUUGAUGGUAGAUUCUUUGAUUCUAUACAACAUUGUGGUUACAUGUGUGACUCAUGCAAAGUGA